AUGACUGACAAAGACGGAUAUUUUAUACAAACUUUUGCAAGUUCACCUUAUCAUCGUCGAUAUUUUUCUCCAAUUAUACAUGAUAUGUUACCACGUCGUAAUAGCUAUCAAAUUGCUAUAAAUACAUCAAAACAUGAUCAUCUGGCUAUGAAUAAUCAUAUACAAAUGAUAUCAUCAUCAUCAUCAUCAUCAUUAGCAUCAGUAUGUUCAUUAAAUGAUAAUCUUAGAACUACUCGAUCAUUUCGUCAUAUUAAUGAUAAAUAUUCCGAUUAUAAAGCUAAUAAUCUACAGCGAAGUUUAAGUCAACCUGCAGUACGUUCACCUGAUAGUGAUCUAUUAUUAGAAAAUGCUACAAUUUUACUUGAUUCACCUGUACAUGCACUUCGUCCAGCACAUCAUAAAUCACGUUCAAUAUUAACACCACCACCAAAUAUUAUCUCAACACGAAGUUCACUAACAGCACCUGAAUCUAUUGGUGAAAGUAAUGAUUGUUCAAAUAUAUCAACAAUGCCAAUGACAUCUGUAUAUCGUAUUGUAAUUGUUCGAUCAUUUGCAUCUGUAUUUGCACUUGCUAGUCUUUUUUCAACUGAAAUUUUACAAACAUCUAUCUAUUCAAAUGAAAUUAGUUUUCAAACAUUAUUAACAUUUCAUUUAUGUGCACUUGUUGGAGCUUUUCUUCUAGCUGCACAUGCAUCACGUAUACAUGUUUCACGAUAUCGUUGGACAAUAUCAAGUGUUAUUGCAUAUGAUCGUUGUUCACAAAUCUUAAUCGUUCUCGCAACAAUGUUUACUGGUGCAUGGGUAACAAUGCAAUAUUUUAAUUCAUAUUAUUAUUUGUUACUCUUAAGUGCUACGAUUAGUGGUGUUAGUUAUAGUUGUAUGAUAAUAAAAACAUAUGAUCAUAUAUUACAAUUAUCAACAGCAUUGCCAAUUCAAAGUAUUGAAAAAUUAACAACAAGACUUAAUGUAUUUGCAUUUAUUUAUAACUCGUUAUGUCAUUUAGCAUUAACAAUAGGCGGACUUUUUCUACUUGCUAUUGUUUUAUAUCAACAAUAUAGACGAGAAUAUAUUUUAAUUGGUGCACAACCAUGUCUUUUAAUUCCAUGUUAUCAAUUUAAUAAUCAACUUGAUGAUUAUGGAAGAUUAUUAAAACCACCACCACAACCUAUUUUAGUUAAUUUAACAAUGCAUUUAAAUGAAAAAAGACAAGAAUGGCAAACUGAACCAGUACGUUAUAUAUUUUUUGUUACUUUACUUAUAUUAACAAUAAUUAGUUUAUUACCACAAGCUGGUACUGAUUGGACAACAUCAAUAUUAAGUAUGAGUAGACGUUUAUCAAUAUUAUAUUAUUCCAAUGAAGAUACACCAAACGAUAUAUCAGUAUCAUCAAAAAGAAUUCUUCGGUGUCGUCAUUAUUUAUUUGCAUUAUUUAUUGGUUUUCAAGAAGGUUAUCUUUUUGGUAGUAUUAUUAAAUUUGAUGUAACAUGUCUUUUUGGUCUUCGUCAUACAGUUGAAAUGAUGAUUAUUUAUGGAUUAGGCGCAACUUUGUCUAGUACAUUACUUCCUUUUAUUAUUGAACGUAUUUCAUUGAUGACAUCUGUAUCAGUGACAACAUUGUUUCAUUCUUCAAUAUUAGUAUUAUUAUUUUUAAGUCGAACUCAAUAUAUAAAUUAUAUAUCACCAUUAAUUAUAAAAUAUAUUUUAUUUUUUUCGUUUGGAAUAGUUAUUGGUCUAUGGUCAACAAUUGCUAUUUAUUCUUUGUGCAAUUCAACUAGAUUUUCUUCAUCAUCCAAGUUUGCUCAAUCACUUGCCAUUCGUUCUAUCGGUCGUAUAAUAGCUUAUACUUGUACAUUACUUAUAUGUCAAUUAUUACUUUUCUAUCUCAAUUCAAUCUGUUUAUUACUUAUAUUCGCUUUUAUAUUCAUAUGCCAUAACUGUUGUAAUGAAAAGAAACAAUAA